CCGUACUUCCCCUCCAGCCUCCCUUUCCCCCCCAGCUACUUCCGCAUCCAGCCCAAGGUCUACACCCCUUGCUUUUGCUCCCUGGGCUGUGCCGUCCCCAACCUCCCUCCGCCUUUCGCCGCGGCACCAGACCGCCUCUCCCUCCCCCAGCCAACCUUUGCACCCCCUGUUCCUGCCCCUGUGCCCUCCAACACCCUACCUCCCCCAGUCUCCCCCUUCUCCAACACCCUCCAUAUUUCCUCCCCCCUGGGGCUCGCCCAUCCGCAGUUAUCACCCUUCAUCGAUUCCCCAAUUCCCUCUAUCACCUGUUUCCCGGCCCCGCAUCCUAUUCUGCAUUUACCACACAGCCUCCUUUCGGUGCCCUCUCUGCCCUCCCACGUUCUCAACCCCCCGCCUCCCAACCUUCUCAUUACCCGCUACCAGGCUCACGCCAACUCGACUACCCACUACCCUUUGCCCCUUCCUCUCUGUUUCCCCACCCUUCCUUCCCCACUUGGCUCCACCUGCCCACCCCCACCUCCCGUGGAAUUCUGCCCUGCCCUCCCCACCUCUGGCCCACCACCUGUCCCCACACCCUGCUCACCACCACCGCUAAUCACCCCCGCCCUCCCACCUCCACUACAGCCCGCCAACACUUCCCCUCUCAACCGGCCCCCCAGCCCGCCCCCCCCUUGGGCCCCAAUCCCCUCCAACUGUCAGCCCCCUCUAACCCUCUCUUCCACCCACUGCGCACCGCUUUCCCCACCCUUUUCCCCUUUCCCCAAGCUAACCCCCCCGCACCCCGGCCUCUGCCAGGGAGUUCCUUCCCCCUUUGACGCCCUCUUGAGCCAACUCCAGCAACUCACACCGCCACCCGCCAGGCAUGCUGCCUCUGUAACAAUGCCCCAGCACCCCGCGAGUGGGGGAAAGGCAGACCCGGGAGCCCCUCGGCGAUCUGGGAGAGCCAGGGGGGAACUUGCAGCUGACACUGCACGGGAAGGGGUAAGUGAGUUUGUGUGUGAAGGAGCAGCAGAGGCUGCAGAGGAUGGGGCAGCAAAGGCUGCACGGGAAGGAGGGCAAUGGGGGGUUGUGGGGGAAGGGGCAGCAGAGGCUGCAGAGGAAAGGGCAGCAGAGGCUGCAAGGGAAGGGGCAGCAGCGGCUGCACGGGAAAGGGCGGCAGGGGCUGCACGGGAAGGGUCGGCAGGGACCGUGACUCUGGCCAGGCAAAGGGCAGAGGCCAUGGAGACAGCAGGAGCGACAGAGGCCACAGUGGGGGGUGGUAUGGGGGGAGGUGCUACGGGUGCAGCGGGGAAGGGGGUAACGGGGACUGGUACGAGGGAGAGUGCCGCCCCGGCUGUAGCAAGAGAGGGUACGGCAGGGGCUAGAGUGGGAGAGGGGACAGCAGUGGCCUCAAAGGCAAAAGGUGAGGCUGCGGCUGAAGCAGCAGGGAGGGCCAUAGCACGGCCAGUAGGGGCGGCAGGGGCCGCAGCAAACGCGGGGAAACACACAGCAGGGCCGGCAGGGCCGGCAGAGACUGCAAAAGGGGCUAGCAGUAAAGCGGCAGCAGGCGGGGUGGGCUCGGGGGACAUAGGGGGCAACAGGGAGGAGAGGGGAGUGGGGGUCCCGACCGGGGUGGGCACUGAAAAGGGGGAUGUGAUAGCGAUAGAGGAGGAUGAGGGAGAGGAUGUGAUGCACAUUGACGGGCCACUGGCCCAAUACCUCACGCUUGACGGUGAGGGCCGACCCGCCCCCCUGCAGCCUCACGUCGAGGUUCCCCCUCUACCCCCCAUGCCCGUCCCCAUGCUAGCAGAAGGACCGAUGGAGGGGCUGGGGGAGACCUUGAGGACAGAGCCCGCGCGAGGGAGCCCCCAUCCUCACCUCCCGUCCUCCAGCCACCCACCCCCAGGAGCACCACUUCCCCACCCCCACCCUCAGGUCCCGGUAGUGUCCAGGGGGGCAGCCAAGGCCCUGGCCUUCUUGGCGGAGCCGUGCUCCCCGACCCCCACGCUGCUCCAUGGCCAGCCCCCCUCUCCGUCCCCAACGCCUGACCCACGGUUGCAGGCGGUCCACCGGGAGAGCACGCGGGCAGCCGAGACCCACCCGCAAGGGCUUGCGCCCCAGGCUCAUGGGAGCGGCGGCACCCGGGUAGAGGGGCCCACAGGAGAGGCCACCACAGAGCCCACACCAAUCUCUCUCCCCCCACCGUUUGUACCUCGCUCUAACCUCCACACUGGCCCAGCCCCUCGACCCCCACCUCCAACCCCCUCUCCCGGCCGGGUUCCCCACGAGUGGCCCCGUUGGGCAGCCAUCACCCCCCACACACAGCUUGCCCGAUCUGUUCCCACGGAGGGGGAUGUUUCGAGGAGAGAGGAGAUGCACACAGAGCACCCCCCGCCUGGCGAACCACCCAUCCUCCCUCCACCCACCCCUUUGGCCCCACAGCCCCCCCUUCCUUCACAAACAGGCGCGGACGACCAGGUGGCGACGGCCGCGAUCGCUACUGGGAGGGAGGCCGUCGGGUUGAGGGAUGCGCCCAUGGCAGACGCCACCGACUCUCCCUCCCAUCCCUCCCAUCCCUUCCAUGUCGACGACCCCCUACCGCAACCCAUGGCAGGUCUUCGAGACCCCAGAGGAGGUGAGGGCUGGCAUUUCAGAUUUGCUGGCGAUACACCGCCUGAGCAGCUCUCCGGCUGCCCCACCCUUCCAGUCCCACAGGACCAGACCCGGACGUAUGCGGAGGUCACCCCGGUCUGUCCCUUCUUUAUCCCCCCCGCCACUCAGCCAGGCGCGUCACUCCCGACCCCAAUGGAGACGGACCGGGUUCUGAGGCCGUGUCACUCGCACCUAGACGGGGUGGCGCCUCCCCCCGUUCAGCCCGUGGCGCAGGAGGUCACCAGCAGUAGGGAUGAGGCAUCCGCCCCUACCGAGACCCCUCCGCCUGGGGUAGCAGAGCCGUCACUUGAACCGCACCCCGCCGAGGGGCAGGAGCACACCACGGCACACACUUCAGGCUCACCUCCACGUCCCCCCUCCCCAGCUUCGACACCGGUACCGGCACGAGGCCCGGCCCUAUCCUUGUGCGAUACCACCUCUAUCUUCGCUGACACCCCCCCCCGCGCGGGGCUGGUGAGUCGUCUCCUCCCCUCAUCCCAGGCGAUCCUCUCGGAGCUUAGGCCGCCCACGGGGUCCCCUCUACAGCCAUUCACCGACGCACAGUGGCAGACGCUCGACUCGGUGGACUGGACAGAGUAUUUCUCGCCCGAGCGUAUCCAUACACGCCCUCUCCGACGUGUCCCGGAGAGGGUCCGCGGAGGAUAUCUUGACGUCCUCAGUGCGAUCCUAGUCUGCAUUGCCCAGGACCCGGAGGCUGCUGGCCCUACCUUCCUCCUCGCUGCAGCGCCGACUCUUUUCCUUGUUCCAGCGACGCCACCCAACCGCUCGCACACGGCUGCCAUUGCAACGCGCAUCUCCCGCUUUGGUCGAGGUGAGUGGGCUGAGCUAGUCUCAGAUGCACUAGGCCGUCGCACACCCCUUCCUCAGCGCACAGGUCACCGGUCACGCACCGCCACCGAUCCCUCUGCAGCAGAUGAGCGCCGCAUUGCACGUUGCCUUCGUCUGGCAGCGUGCAAUGAGACCUCACGGGCGUGCGCGGCUCUCGAGUCCGCGGAGGCAGCCCCAGAUACACAGGGGACGAUACAGCGCCUACAGUCGAAGCACCCCAACGCGGAGAGGCCGACCCCAGCUUGGCUGUCUGGCUUCCAGGGGUCCCCUCUCGUGCUCUCGGUGGAUCACUUACCGCCGCGCGAUUUUCACAGCCCCGCGGGGCUCUUCGGGAGGACCGUCCGGAUGUUUCAGGCGCUGCAGGCCAGCCCGGAGUUUCAGUGUCUGAUCCCCUUCAUCGGCCUCUUCUACGGGACGCCCUCGGAUCUCCACUACAGGUCAGGCACGGGAGUGGUCACGAUGCACUCGGAGCGGGGCACUCGCCAGGGAGACCCUCUCAGCCCCUUCUUGUACGCUCUGACACAGCGUCUUGCUUUGGAGCCGGUUCUGGCGGAGGGGGAUGUCCAGCUCUGGUCGUACGCCGAUGACACGUACGUGCUAGGUCCCCCAGACAGGGUGCUGCAACCACUUUGCCGAGAUCGCGUACCGGUAGGCAACCGUUUCGUUCGUGGAGCAGAGUCUCCCGGAUCGUCUCGAGAGGAUGGGGCGGGUGCUACCUUGGCUUCCGAGGUUGCGCCAGCCCCAGACAGCUGCCCGCCUUCUUUCGGCGUGUGUCAGCACUCGUCCGCAGUACCUGUCGAGGACCGUCCCUCCUUCGCCCGCAGUGAUCUCCAGUUUUACACGGUGGGACGCACGCCUGGGAGAGACUUUUCAGCAGCUUUUAGCUUCAGGGACCUGGGCUUGUCGCGAGGACGUCCGAGAGGCCGCCCUAGACCAGAUCUUCCUCCCCAUCCGUCUCGGGGUUUCGGCAUUCGUCGCAUGGCGCGCAUUGCCCCGGUGAGUUUCGUGUGCUCCUGGGUGCAGUGUGCACCCAUUCUCUGUUCUCUCCCUGCGUGUGGCGAGGUGUUUCGGCAGAGCUUCGCUUUAGGUGAGCCAGAGCAGAUCGACCGGGCUCUGCAGACGGCGCUAGAGGGUCUCCCACCUGACGUUCUCUCUCUCCUUCCCCCUUGGCCCUCUUGCGCUUCUGCCUCCCCCGAUUCCCUUUUUGCAGGAGCGAGCCGUCUUCUGGAGGCGCAUGCCUUGGAGGCCGUGCGUGCCCGUCACGCCUCUCCCUUGCACCUUGCCCGUUUGACUUCCCUUCAGGGCGGAGGUGCAGGGGCGUGGUUGACGUCGGUGCCGUACGCCGACCCACUGCGCAUCCCGGAGGCGCUGUGGCAGGCGGCUUCUUCUUCUCGUCUUGGUCUCCCUAUCCCCCAGUUAGCCCUUGCAGGUCAGUGCUCUUGCGGACAGGCAAUUGACGACAUGACGGUGCCUCAUCACGCGGUUCGGUGCCCGCGCUACGGGGUCGCCACUACCAUCCACGACACGGUGAAGUACAUGCUUCGAGACUUUGCGGUCGAGGCGGGCUUCGCGGUAAAGGUGGAGGACUCUACGCUGUUCACACAGUUGGAGGCGGCUCGAGCGAGACUACUGGGACAGCCAGUGGUGGGAGAGGGGACACGGGCUGAGGGUCCGGGGGAGCGGAGAGGCGAGGCGGGACAGCCGGGUGGCGGGGGACAGUGGGGACGGCACCAGCUGCGGGGUCAGGUGGAGCGAGGGACAGGUGGGCAGAGGGGACGGCAGGGGGAGCAGACGGGCCAGGACGGGGAGGGGGGACGGCACAGGCAGCAGCAGGAGAGCCAGUGGAGGCCGCGAGCCCAGGGCGCCGCGCCUCCAGGUUCGGCCUCGGGGGCGGGGCAGGGGCGGGAGCAGCAGAGAGCGGACGGAGGUACAGGAGGGGCAGCGGGAUUGGGAGGGGAGGCCCAGGGAGUGAGAGAGGCAGCAGGGGAUGGAGCAGGGGGGUCGGGAGGUUUGGGGGAGGGUAGGGAGGGGGAGGGGAGAGGACAGGUGGAUGGAGGAGAGGAGAAGGGGGAGAGAGACGAUCGGAGAGGGGGCACCAAGGGACCAGACAGGGCAGCAGCCAGCGCAACAGCAGGGACCAGUCGGACGCACAGGCCGUCGGAUCCACAGCGGGAGGGGAACGUGCAGCUGAGACGGGCGACCCCCACACAGAUUGGAGUGGCAGCAGCUAGGCGGGUGCAGGAGAAGCUGCGUCACUGGGGGCCGCACUUAGAGGGGCUGCAGCCGGCACCACACUUUUACGCGUGCGUGGCGGAGACCUUUGGCCUUCUGACAUGCGGUGCGGCAGUUAGGGAGGGUCCGACGACGGGUGGAUGCCCGCACCAGUCCAACUGGUCACACCCCCUGCCCCCUCAUGCCAUCCGCUCCCCCCGCCCCUACCCUCCGCGUGCCCGCUCCCUUGCCGCCUCUUUUGACCCUCCCUGCCCCCCCUCGCCGUUUCCCACCGCCCGCCAUUCGCUCCUCCCCGCCCGUGCGCUCCCCUCGUUUACCUUCUCCUCCCCCCUCCCCUCCUCUGCUGCACGCCUCUUCCUUCCCCUCGCCGACCCACUCCACUCCCUGCCCCUCCUCAAUCCGCACCCUGCCCCUCGUAUCUCGCCCCCCUAUGCUUGGUUUCUCCCCUCCCUGCCCCUCGCCGCCUUUCUCCGCCCCCCACCUCCCCCCUCUCCCUGCCCCCCCACUCUCCCACCCUUGCCCUUGGCUUCCUACCUCCUUGCCCCACCUUUCCCCCCUCUGUGUGCUCAGCUUCUCCCCUCCCUGCCCCUCCCUCCUCCCCGCCCUGCCCCUCGUUUUCCGCCCCCCCCACGCCCGGUUUCUCCCACCCCCGCGCCUCCCUUUCUUUCUCCGUGCCUCUCCUCUGCUCCCUCCCUGCCCCCGCCUGCCCAUGCCCCUGUCUUUGGCUUCUCCCCUCCCUGCCCCACGUUUCUUCCCUCCCUGCCCACCCCCUCUGCCCCUCCCUUGUUUUCCCCUCACCCAUUUCUUCUCCCCUCCCUGCCCUUGAUUUCCCGCACCCCUGCCCUUGUUUCCUACCAUCCAUGCCCCUCGUCUCCCCCCCUUUGUACGUUCAGCCUCUUCCCUCCCUGCCCCUCCCUUCCUCCCCCCCUGCCCUUUGCUCUCCCCUCGUUACGCUCCCUUCUCCACAUCCCUGCUGCCCUCUUACCACCAUCAGCCCAUCCCCACCACCAGCCCCCCUCCCACCCUUCUCUCCCCCCCUCCCUUUCCCUCUCUCUCUUUCUCACACACACACACGCACACUCCCCUCCCCCACCCCCCCACCCACAUCCUCCCAUUCUGCCCCUCCCUGCCCCUUUCCCACCCCCUCGCACGCCCCUCACCUCCCACCUCCGUGCAACUGGUUUCCCCCCUAUGGUGCCUCCCUUGCAUCGCUCGCCCCUCUGCUCACCCUCUGCCCGCCCCUUUUCCGUGCCCUCAGCUGGCCCAGCCCCUGCCCGUUGCUGCCCCUCCCCUUGCCCCCUCAACUCCCCUGCCCCCCGUACACCCCAGUCCCAUCCAACCGCCCCCACCCUCCCCCGGCUGCCCGUUUCCGCUCUCCACCCCCGCGACCGUGUGCGGCUUCCAACCGCCCAACGGUGGUGCGCACGGGGCGUUUUCUUCGCACGGGCAAGCCUCCCGGGGGCCCCCUACCCCGCUGGGUCGUUGUUCGGUACAGGAGGGGCAGCGGGAUUGGGAGGGGAGGGCCAGGGAGUGAGAGAGGCAGCAGGGGAUGGAGCAGGGGGGUCGGGAGCGGAUCCACAGCGGGAGGGGAACGUGCAGCUGAGACGGGCGACCCCCACACAGAUUGGAGUGGCAGCAGCUAGGCGGGUGCAGGAGAAGCUGCGUCACUGGGGGCCGCACUUAGAGGGGCUGCAGCCGGCACCACACUUUUACCGCUCACACCCCCUGCCCCCUCAUGCCAUCCGCUCCCCCCGCCCCUACCCUCCGCGUGCCCGCUCCCUUGCCGCCUCUUUUGACCCUCCCUGCCCCGCUCGCCGUUUCCCACCGCCCGCCAUUCGCUCCUCCCCGCCAGUGCGCUCCCCUCGCUUACCUUCUCCUCCCCCCUCCCCUCCUCUGCUGCACGCCUCUUCCUUCCCCUCGCCGACCCACUCCACUCCCUGCCCCUCCUCAAUCCGCACCCUGCCCCUCGUAUCUCGCCCCCCUAUGCUUGGUUUCUCCCCUCCCUGCCCCUCGCCGCCUUUCUCCGCCCCCCACCUCCCCCCUCUCCCUGCCCCCCCACUCUCCCCCCCUUGCCCUUGGCUUCCUACCUCCCUGCCCCACCUUUCCCCCCUCUGUGUGCUCAGCUUCUCCCCUCCCUGCCCCUCCCUCCUCCCCGCCCUGCCCCUCGUUUUCCGCCCCCCCCACGCCCGGUUUCUCCCCUCCCCGCGCCUCCCUUUCUUUCUCCGUGCCUCUCCUCUGCUCCCUCCCUGCCCGCGCCUGCCCAUGCCCCUGUCUUUGGCUUCUCCCCUCCCUGCCCCACGUUUCUUCCCUCCCUACCCACCCCCUCGGCCCCUCCCUUGUUUUCCCCCUCACCCAUUGCUUCUCCCCUCCCUGCCCUUGAUUUCCCGCACCCCUGCCCUUGUUUCCUACCAUCCAUGCCCCUCAUUUCCCCCCCUUUGUACGUUCAGCCUCUUCCCUCCCUGCCCCUCCCUUCCUCCCCCCCUGCCCUUUGCUCUCCCCUCGUUACGCUCCCUUCUCCCCAUCCCUGCUGCCCUCUUACCACCAUCAGCCCAUCCCCACCACCAGCCCCCCCUCCCAUCCUUCUCUCCCCCCUCCCUUUCCCUCUCUCUCUCUUUCUCACACACACACACGCACACUCCCCUCCCCCACCCCCCCACCCACAUCCUCCCAUUCUGCCCCUCCCUGCCCCUUUCCCACCCCCUCGCACGCCCCUCACCUCCCACCUCCGUGCAACUGCCCCUGCCCGUUGCUGCCCCUCCCCUUUGCCCCCUCAACUCCCCUGCCCCCCCGUACACCCCAGUCCCAUCCAACCGCCCCCCACCCUCCCCCGGCUGCCCGUUUCCGCUCUCCACCCCCUGCGACCGUGUGCGGCUUCCAACCGCCCAACGGUGGUGCGCACGGGGCUCACACCCCCUGCCCCCUCAUGCCAUCCGCUCCCCCCGCCCCUACCCUCCGCGUGCCCGCUCCCUUGCCGCCUCUUUUGACCCUCCCUGCCCCCCUCGCCGUUUCCCACCGCCCGCCAUUCGCUCCUCCCCGCCCGUGCGCUCCCCUCGCUUACCUUCUCCUCCCCCCUCCCCUCCUCUGCUGCACGCCUCUUCCUUCCCCUCGCCGACCCACUCCACUCCCUGCCCCUCCUCAAUCCGCACCCUGCCCCUCGUAUCUCGCCCCCCUAUGCUUGGUUUCUCCCCUCCCUGCCCCUCGCCGCCUUUCUCCGCCCCCCACCUCCCCCCUCUCCCUGCCCCCCCCACUCUCCCCCCCUUGCCCUUGGCUUCCUACCUCCCUGCCCACCUUUCCCCCCUCUGUGUGCUCAGCUUCUCCCCUCCCUGCCCCUCCCUCCUCCCCGCCCUGCCCCUCGUUUUCCGCCCCCCCACGCCCGGUUUCUCCCCUCCCCGCGCCUCCCUUUCUUUCUCCGUGCCUCUCCUCUGCUCCCUCCCUGCCCCCGCCUGCCCAUGCCCCUGUCUUUGGCUUCUCCCCUCCCUGCCCCACGUUUCUUCCCUCCCUGCCCACCCCCUCUGCCCCUCCCUUGUUUUCCCCUCACCCAUUGCUUCUCCCCUCCCUGCCCUUGAUUUCCCGCACCCCUGCCCUUGUUUCCUACCAUCCAUGCCCCUCGUUUCCCCCCCUUUCUGGCCCAGCCCCUGCCCGUUGCUGCCCCUCCCCUUGCCCCCUCAACUCCCCUGCCCCCCGUACACCCCAGUCCCAUCCAACCGCCCCCACCCUCCCCCGGCUGCCCGUUUCCGCUCUCCACCCCCGCGACCGUGUGCGGCUUCCAACCGCCCAACGGUGCAUUACCGCCCCUUUCCCCUUAUCCCCCACCACGCCCCCAAGCAGGCUUUUCUCCCCCCAGCCUCCCGUCUCCUGCCCUUAGUACCGCCGCGCUCUGCCCGUGCGUCACCCUUGCCCACUUCAUACCACCUCCCCCUUCUCCCUAUCAUCACCCGCAUGUUCCCCCACUCCCCUGUCCACAACGUCCCUCCUCCACCCCCCCUCCUGCCUUCCCCACUCCCACUCUGCCCCCCACACCUCUACGAGCCGUACUUCCCCCUCCAGCCUCCCUUUCCCCCCCAGCUACUUCCGCAUCCAGCGUGGGCUGCACCUCUGCAUCCCGCCCUGCCAGGCCCUUCGGUGACCCAACUGCCGCCACCUGGCACCACGCCGCCUUUCCCACCCCCAUCCAAUCUCUACACCCCCUGCCCCUGCUCCCUGCGCAAUCCAGCCACCUACCCCAGCCUCCCUCUACCUCUUCCUAACUCCACACCGCCGUUCCUACCCCCAGCCAAGGUCUACACCCCUUGCUUUUGCUCCCUGGGCUGUGCCGUCCCCAACCUCCCUCCGCCUUUCCGCGGCACCAGACCGCCUCUCCCUCCCCCAGCCAACCUUUGCACCCCCUGUUCCUGCCCCUUGUGCCCUCCAACACCCUACCUCAACCCCCCCCAGUCUCCCCCUUCUCCAACACCCUCCAUAUUUCCUCCCCCCUGGGGCUCGCCCAUCCGCAGUUAUCACCCUUCAUCGUUUCCCCAAUUCCCUCUGUCCCCUGUUUCCCGGCCCCGCAUCCUAUUCUGCAUUUACCACAGCGCCUCCUUUCGGUGCCCUCUCUGCCCUCCCACGUUCUCACCCCCCGCCUCCCAACCUUCUCAUUACCCGCUACCAGGCUCACGCCAACUCGACUACCCACUACCCUUUGCCCCUUCCUCUCUGUUCCCCACCCUUCCUUUCCCACUUGGCUCCACCUGCCCACCCCCACCUCCCGUGGAAUUCUGCCCUGCCCUCCCCACCUCCGGCCCACCACCUGUCCCCACACCCUGCUCACCCAUCGCUACAUCACCCCCGCCCCCCCACCUCCACUACAGCCCGCCAACACUUCCCCUCUCAAUCGGCCCCCAGCCCGCCCCCCCCUUGGGCCCCAAUCCCCUCCAACUGUCAGGCCCCCUCUACCCUCUCUUCCACCCACUGCGCACCGCUUUCCCCACCCUUUUCCCCUUUCCCCAAGCUAACCCCCCCGCACCCCGGCCUCUGCCAGGGAAAGCGGGAGAGGGCAGAGCCAGGGGGGAACUUGCAGCUGACACUGCACGGGAAGGGGUAAGUGAGUUUGUGUGUGAAGGAGCAGCAGAGGCUGCAGAGGAUGGGGCAGCAAAGGCUGCACGGGAAGGGGCAAUGGGGGUUGUGGGGGAAGGGGCAGCAGAGGCUGCAGAGGAGAGGGCAGCAGAGGCUGCAAGGGAAGGGGCAGCAGCGGCUGCACGGGAAAGGGCGGCAGGGGCUGCACGGGAAGGGGCGGCAGGGACCACUGCAGCAGUCGAGGCUGCAAGGACUGCAGCAGGAGCGACAGAGGCCACAGUGGGGGCUGGUAUAGGGGGAGGUGCUACGGGUGCAGCGGGGAAGGGGGUAACGGGGACUGGUGCGAGGGAGAGUGCCGCCCCGGCUGUAGCAAGAGAGGGUACGGCAGGGGCUAGAGUGGGAGAGGGGACAGCAGUGGCCUCAAAGGCAGAAGGUGAGGCUGCAGCUGAAGCAGCAGGGAGGGCCAUAGCACGGCCAGUAGGGGCGGCAGGGGCCGCAGCAAACGCGGGGAAACACACAGCAGGGCCGGCAGGGCCGGCAAGGACUGCAAAAGGGGCUAGCAGUAAAGCGGCAGCAGGCGGGGUGGGCUCGGGGGACAUAGGGGCAACAGGGGAAGGAGAGGUGAGUGUGGUCCCGACCGGGGUGGGCACUGAAGAGGGGGAUGUGAUAGCGAUAGAGGAGGAUGAGGGAGAGGAUGUGAUGCACAUUGACGGGCCACUGGCCCAAUACCUCACGCUUGACGGUGAGGCCGACCCGGCCCCCCUGCAGCCUCACGUCGAGGUCCCGGUAGUGUCCAGGGGGGCAGCCAAGGCCCUGGCCUUCUUGGCGGAGCCGUGCUCCCCGACCCCCACGCUGCUCCAUGGCCAGCCCCCCUCUCCAUCCCCAACGCCUGACCCCACGGUUGCAGGCGGUCCACCGGGAGAGCACGCGGCACACCUCUGCCCCCACCCUCAGGGGCUCCUUAGAGCACCACGUGGAGCAGCCAGGGCUCUGGUCUUCCUAGAGGAGCCAUGCUCCCCGACUCCUACCAACACCCAGCCACCCCCUGCCGGCCCACUACCCCCUCCUCCACCAGGCCCCCCCCCCACCCGUCGCCGCACAGCCCCAACACGCCCACCCAACAGGCUGCCCUCCCCACACCACCCCCCCCAGGCAGCCGAGACCCACCCGCAAGGGCUUGCGCCCCAGGCUCAUGGGAGCGGCGGCACCCGGGUAGAGGGGCCCACAGGAGAGGCCACCACAGGGCCCACACAAAUCUCUCUCCCCCCACCGUUUGUACCUCGCUCUAACCUCCACACUGGCCCAGCCCCUCGACCCCCACCUCCAACCCCCUCUCCCGGCCGGGUUCCCCACGAGUGGCCCCGUUGGGCAGCCAUCACCCCCCACACACAGCUUGCCCGAUCUGUUCCCACGGAGGGGGAUGUUUCGAGGAGAGAGGGGAUGCACACAGAGCACCCCCCGCCUGGCGAACCACCCAUCCUCCCUCCACCCACCCCUUUGGCCCCACAGCCCCCCUUUCCUUCACAAACAGGCGCGGACAACCAGGUGGCGGCGGCCGCGAUCGCUACUGGGAGGGAGGCCGUCGGGUUGAGGGAUGCGCCCAUGGCAGACGCCACCGACUCCCCCUCCCAUCCCUCCCACCCCUUCCAUGUCGACGACCCCCUACCGCAACCCAUGGUGAUUGGGGAGGGCCAAGGGGGCCUUCUAGGGCAGGGUCCACACCCGAGCUCCGCUCAGCCAGCACGCCCCACUCCACCCUCUACCCUGCCAGCCCUCCUACUCUCACCUACAGGCAGGCAGGUCUUCGAGACCCCAGAGGAGGUGAGGGCUGGCAUUUCAGAUUUGCUGGCGAUACACCGCCUGAGCAGCUCUCCGGCUGCCCCCACCCUUCCAGUCCCACAGGACCGGACCCGGACGUAUGCGGAGGUCACCCGGUCUGUCCCUUCUUUUAUCCCCCCCGCCACUCAGCUAGGCGCGUCACUCCCGACCCCAAUGGAGACGGACCGGGUUCUAAGGCCGUGUCACUCGCACCUAGACGGGGUGACGCCUCCCCCCGUUCAGCCCGUGGCGCAGGAGGUCACCAGCAGUAGGGAUGAAGCAUCCGCCCCUACCGAGACCCCUCCGCCUGGGGUAGCAGAGCCGUCACUUGAACCGCACCCCGCCGAGGGGCAGGAGCACACCACGGCACACACUUCAGGCUCACCUCCACGUCCCCCCUCCCCAGCUUCGACACCGGUACCGGCACGAGGCCCGGCCCUAUCCUGCGAUCCUCUCGGAGCUCCGGCCGCCCACGGGGUCCCCUCUACAGCCAGUUCCGACGCCACGGCCCCGAUUGACCCCGCCGACACGGCGACAUCACCCGACCAGGUCGUGAGUUGCCCCACUUGCAGGAGCUCUCUCGCGAACCGACGCGCGCUCCAGCACCACAUUCCCUUCUGCCAUCCUGCGGACGCGGCUCGCAGGGCGCAGGCUGCCCAUGAUACCGCCUCGAUCAUCCCUUCCCUCUCACAGCCCCGUGCGACCGGGAUGCAGUUCACCGACGCACAGUGGCAGACACUCGACUCGGUGGACUGGACAGAGUACUUCUCGCCCGAGCGUAUCCAUACACGCCCUCUCCGACGUGUCCCGGAGAGGGUCCGCGGAGGAUAUCUUGACGUCCUCAGUGCGAUCCUAGUCCGCAUUGCCCAGGACCCGGAGGCUGCUGGCCCUACCUUCCUCCUCGCUGCAGCGCCGACUCUUUUCCUUGUUCCAGCGACGCCACCCGACCGCUCGCACACGGCUGCCAUUGCAGCGCGCAUCUCCCGCUUUGGUCGAGGUGAGUGGGCUGAGCUAGUCUCAGAUGCACUAGGCCGUCGCACACCCCUUCCUCGGCGCACAGGUUACCGGUCACGCACCGCCACCGAUCCCUCUACAGCAGAUGAGCGCCGCAUUGCACGUUGCCUUCGUCUGGCAGCGUGCAAUGAGACCUCACGGGCGUGCGCGGCUCUCGAGUCCGCGGAGGCAGCCCCAGAUACACAGGGGACGAUACAGCGCCUGCAGUCGAAGCACCCCAACGCGGAGAGGCCGACCCCAGCUUGGCUGUCUGGCUUCCAGGGGUCCCCUCUUGUGCUCUCGGUGGAUCACUUACGCCGCGCGAUUUUCACAGCUCCGCGGGGCUCUUCGGGAGGACCGUCCGGUUGGGUCGCUGAGCACCUGCGAGACACUUUCUUAGCUUUCCCUCACAGUCUCCAUUUCCUCCUGGCCGUGUACCAGCAGUGGCUCCGAGGCCGUUGCGCUCCAGCUGCACGCUCCUUGCUAGCGUCUUCCACCCUCGUGGCUCUGGCGAAGUCGAACAUGGAUGUUCGGCCGAUUGCCAUCGGCGAGGUUUUGGUCCGCAUUCUUUCUCGUGCAGUCUGUCUCCAGCUACGUGACCAGAUGGCGAGGGUCUUCUUGGCGUCACAGCAGUUUGGGGUGGGGGUUAUGUGCGGGACAGAGGUCGUAGUUAGAGGCGUCCGCCGCGCCCUGGCUGACCACCCAGACUGGGUGGUCCUGCAGCUAGACGUGGCGAAUGCCUUUAACUCUUUCCACCGAGACAGGAUGUUCCAGGCGCUGCAGGCCAGCCCGGAGUUUCAGUGUCUGAUCCCCUUCAUCGGCCUCUUCUACGGGACGCCCUCGGAUCUCCACUACAGGUCAGGCACGGGAGUGGUCACGAUGCACUCGGAGCGGGGCACUCGCCAGGGAGACCCUCUCAGCCCCUUCUUGUACGCUCUGACACAGCGUCUUGCUUUGGAGCCGGUUCUGGCGGAGGGGGAUGUCCAGCUCUGGUCGUACGCCGAUGACACGUACGUGCUAGGCUCACGCCAACUCGACUACCCACUACCCUUUGCCCCUUCCUCUCUGUUCCCCACCCUUCCUUCCCCACUUGGCUCCACCUGCCCACCCCCACCUCCCGUGGAAUUCUGCCCUGCCCUCCCCACCUCUGGCCCACCACCUGUCCCACACCCUGCUCACCCACCGCUACAUCACCCCGCCCUCCCACCUCCACUACAGCCCGCCAACACUUCCCCUCUCAACCAGCCCCCAGCCCGCCCCCCCCCUUGGGCCCCAAUCCCCUCCAACUGUCAGGCCCCCUCUAUCCUCUCUUCCACCCACUGCGCACCGCUUUCCCCACCCUUUUCCCCUUUCCCCAAGCUAACCCCCCGCACCCCGGCCUCUGCCAGGGAGUUCCUUCCCCCUUUGACGCCCUCUUGA